ACUACUCAAGGAAAUAGUUCGAUUUUAAAGAAAGUUCUCUCACUUUGUAAAAUGGAAAUUAUAUCAAUUGUGACCCUAAGUAGUCUGAAUCUAACAGAUGAAUGGUCUAAACACACAAAUGAAGCCAAUGACUCCAACUAUAAUAUGGUAUUGUCCAUUGCCAUUGUGACUUGGAUGCUGCUCAUCUGUCUCACCAUGUGCAUUUGCUGUUGUAACUAUUGGCAUGUCUUGAGACCGCCCCCAGCGCAUGCAACUCCAUUGCAAUGUCAAUAUUCUCAGUCAGAGAAUCAACAUAGUUCCCUGCUCUCGCUAGAGGAUUAGGCCAACAAGGUCAAAGGCAACGGAAAACACAAAGCGACCAAAAAAGGAACAAAAAAACAAAAAUAAACAACCCAAAC